AUGAAGUUCACUUGGGCGACAACGCUCCUUCUACUUUCCACCAGGGCCUUAUCCCUGACUAUCCCUCAAACCGAGUCUACCGAUCUUAUUGAACGAGAUGUGGACUCCCUGGACUCUACCCAGGACAGCUCAGAUAUUAUAACGCUUGAGAAACGGCGUGGCGGUGGCGGAGGAGGCCGAGGCGGCAGCAGCAGUGGCAGCAGCAGUGGCAGCAGCAGUGGAAGCAGCAGUGGAGGAAGCAGUGGAGGCCGCACUGGUUCUUCCGGCUCCUCGGGCUCAAGUGGCAGCAGUGGCAGCAGUGGCAGCAGUGGAAGCAGUGGCAGCAGUCGCGGUGGUUCAACAAGCAAUGCUGGUGGUACAACCAGCGCCGGCUCUGGCACUCGAGCAACCUACGGUGGAGGCAACUACUAUGCUGGCGGUGCGCGCACUCCCUACACGUCUGGCUCGCGGUCUGCUGGAGGCAUCGCCCCCUACGUGCUCGGUGGAGCCGCACUGGGUUUCUUCCCGGGUCUUUGGCUGUACAGCGCCUACGCCUACCCCUACAGCCAGCACUACAACUACUACAAUAACAAUGCCCACAAGAACGAGUCGCUCCCCGUUGUCUGUGUGUGCGAGCAGUACUCGGAGUGUGGCUGCGACAAUAACAACAACAGCACAUACUACGAGUCCCUCUUCAACGGCACCGUGCCCAAGAACUCGAGUCUUGUGCGCGUGGUCGAUGUGAACGGCACCCAGACCAUCUACAUCAACGGUACCUUGCCCAACGGUACCACUGCCGCUGACGGAAGCUCGACUAGUACUUCCUCGGCAUCCGGGCCUGUCGCAAUGGUCCUGCAUGCUAGCGGGUACUGGGUGACAGUUGCUGUGGUAGUGGCCGCCGUAUGGGGAUUCUAA